AUGGAUGAACAACGCCUCCAUUCUCCUCCCCAGGACCUUGACCCUUCCAAACGCUGGGUGAUUGGCGCGGCCAUCUUCCAGAAUCCCACGUCGGAGAAUCGAUCCCUCUUGCUACUCAAGCGAGCUAGCCAUGAAACAGCCUUCCCCAACGCAUGGGAACUUCCAGGCGGCCAUGUCGAACAGACGGAUGAGACCGUCGCGCACGCUGUCGCACGAGAAGUCUUGGAAGAGACCUCUCUGACUGUGUCAGAGAUUAUUGGCGAAAUCGAACCGAUGACAUGGGAAUCAAAGACGAAAUCGAACUUCCAACUCAAUUACGUGGUUACUGUCCAGCCGGGGGUGACGGUCCAGCCCAACCCCGAUGAGCACUCCGACUGGCUGUGGGUCCAGGAAGGACAGACAGACUCGCUUUACAUGACAGUGGAAAUGAGAAAGGUUGUUCAGAAUGCGUUCAACUUUUGUCGGGCUGCUUAG